CAAUGUCACAUGGAAACAGAUACAGCUCACUUUUUUUAAAGCUAGAAUAUGAAUUUAGUUCACGUAACAAGUUGCAUAUUGUGCAAAUACACGUACGUAUACUGGGUAUAAUCAAUAUAUUUAUACUUUAGCCAGUUAGCUCGUGUGGAUAUGCACCAAGUUAAGGUACAAGCAAUCUGAAUAAAAUAACUAAACAGAAUUUAUCUCGUUUUACUGUGUGUUGUCCGUUUGCAACCACAAUGAAACUGGUCAAUAUUCCCCUUAUAAGAAAUGUUACGGGGUCAUUGUACGGUUCCGUUCUGCGACUCCAAAACUGUGAUACAGAAUACUUGAGGUUCUCGCAGCGACUCAUGUGCACGUUUAGGGAAAAUGCGCUGUACUACGUUACAACUCCUAUAUUCUACGUGAACGCCGCUCCCCACAUUGGACACCUGUACUCCGCUUUGAUUGCAGACUGCCUGUACAGGUACAAACUUAUGCGUGGUUUCAGAUCAAAAUUCUCCACAGGUACCGAUGAGCAUGGACUAAAAAUCCAGCAAGCAGCUGAUGCUGCUGGGAAGGAACCACCGGUAUUCUGUGCAGAGGUGUCGGGUAAAUUCCAGCAACUGUUCCAAAGGUGCAAUAUCUCCUACACAGACUACAUCAGAACCACAGAAGGCAGACAUCGCCAUGCUGUCGAGUAUUUCUGGACUGUGCUUCUGAACAAGGGCUUCAUCUACAAAGGUAGCUACGAAGGCUGGUAUUCCACGCAGGACGAGAGCUUUCUCACGGCGUCACAGGUGGAAGAUAGUAUGGACUGUGAAGGGACAGCCAUCAAAAUAUCAGCUGAAAGUGGUCAUAAGGUGGAGUGGAUGAAGGAGGAUAAUUACAUGUUCCGCCUCUCUGCGUUUCGGUCACUUCUCCGGCAGUGGUUGGAGGAGAACCCCAAAGUAGUGCAGCCGCAACGCUUCCACCGCACGGUCCUGCAGUGGCUGCAGGACGACCUUCCCGACCUCUCUGUGUCCCGCCAGUGGAGCCGUCUCCAGUGGGGCAUCCCUGUUCCUGGAGACUCGGAGCAGACCGUCUACGUGUGGCUGGAUGCCUUGGUCAACUAUUUGACCGUAGCAGGAUAUCCACAGGGCCACAGUGAGUGGUGGAGUGCUGCUCACCAUGUGGUGGGCAAGGAUAUCCUUAAGUUUCAUGCCAUUUAUUGGCCAGCGUUCCUCCUAGCAGCUGGGCUGCCCCUCCCACAGGCUAUAUAUGUGCAUUCCCAUUGGACGGUUGAGGGGCAGAAGAUGUCAAAGAGCCUAGGAAAUGUAGUGGACCCUGUGGAGAGGUCAGAUAGAUUCACAGUAGAUGGCAUUAGGUACUUCCUCCUGAGGCAGGGGGUCCCAGACUCGGACUGUGACUAUUAUGAUGAUAAGCUUAUGAAGCUGCUCAACAGUGAACUGGCUGGUUCUCUGGGUGGGCUUUUGAACCGUUGUACAGCCCCCUCCCUCAACCCGGCCCAGGUGUAUCCCAGUUUCUGCAAUACAUGCUUCCCAAGAGAGCCAGCAGAGGGCAGCACAGAAUCAAAAGCAACACAGGAGGACUACAAGAUGCUGGAAGCUGUGUCCAUCCUGCCAGCGGUGAUGGAGCGGCAUUUUGAGAAUCUGCAGGUUUACAAAGCACUAGAGGCGAUUGCAGGGUGUGUACGACAAACUAACGGUUUUGUUCAGAGACAUGCCCCGUGGAAACUGGAUCAAAGAGACCCUCAGGACCAGCGCUGGCUGGACACCAUUCUGCACAUAUCUUUGGAGUGCCUGCGGAUCUACGGCACCCUUCUGCAACCUGUGGUUCCGGAAACAGCCGAGAAGCUCCUCUCCAGACUGGGUGUGGGGCCAGAGGAGAGGAGCUGGGAGAUGCUCAAGUUCCUGGCCCGCUACCAUGGAAGGGAAUGCCCCUUUGAGGGCCGACGGCUGGGUCCGGACUCGGGGGUGCUCUUCAGUAGGUUGGAUAGGCCUGAGACUGACCAAGGCAAACUGAAAAGGUCUAAGAAAGACAAGUCACUCAAGCCACUAUGAAAUGCGUUUUGAAGUCCUGAUUUGGGAAUAGAUUUGCAUUUAAAAAUGAUAUUGUACUGAUAUUGGUUAUCAGCAAUCUUACUCUCUGAAUUUCAAGUCGGUGGCUGCUGGUCAAAGUUGACUGGCUCCACGGUUAUUUUCUUUGUCCCCUCCUAAAUAAAAAAUGAU